GACCAAGGCUGCCACAACUUGUCUUCUUAUAAAAGCAAGCAUCUUUGUGCUCACGGGUGCAACAUCAGUGACAAAAUUUGUAGGGAAGUGGUUGUUCAAAGGAAGUUGGGGAUACUAUAAAUUGAGCCAAUGAGAGGACCGCAACAUAGCACUAGCCCUUCAUAUCUGAUUGCAAAGAACACACUACAUCCAUAGAGUUUCCCAUGGCCGGCUACCAAAGUUCGUUUACAAGAUUUUGGAUGAUGGACGAGGAAGACGACGACAUGCAUCACUUAGUAGACGACGAUGAAGUUGAGCUUGCGACAUACAACCACCUUGUGCAAUGCGAGAGUUCUCAGCGUCGGCGACGGUCGGAUGCGCCACCUAAGCAAAUACGUCCAAGAAACCUGGGUGAUGCUGAUGGUCAUCAAAGAAUUUGGCUUGAUUAUUUCGCUGAUCAGCCUGUGUUUAAUGACAGGCAAUUCCGAGAAAGGUUUCGCAUGCGGAGGCAUGUGGUGUUACGCAUUGUAGACGCUGUUCAAGCUCGGAACCCCAACUACUUCACUAGGAAACAUGAUUGUUGUGGGAAGUUGGGACUUUCCGCUCUUCAAAAGUGUGUCGCGGCUCUUCGCAUCCUGGCAUAUGGCUUGCCUGCUAAUGCCAUUGACGAGUAUGUUCGUAUAGGUGAGUCCACUGCUAGAGAAGCAUUACGACAUUUCUGUCGAGCUAUCAUAGACGUCUAUGGUCCGUAUUACCUAAGGGCCCCAAACGCCGCCGAUGUAGCAAGGCUCUUAGCGGAGGGUGAGCAACGCGGAUUCCCGGGGAUGCUAGGUAGCAUCGACUGUAUGCACUGGGAGUGGCGGAACUGUCCAAGUGCAUGGAAGGGCAUGUUCACCGGACGUGGGAAGCAUCCAUCUAUGAUUCUUGAAGCGGUUGCAUCGCAUGACCUAUGGAUAUGGCAUGCUUACUUUGGGAUGCCAGGCAGUAACAAUGAUAUAAAUGUGCUUCAAAGAUCUCCUGUUUUCUCUUCGUAUCUAAGGGGGCAAUCAGCUCCUGUGAAUUUCCAGGUGAACGGUCGUACAUACGACAUGGGUUAUUAUCUAGCUGAUGGUAUAUACCCCACGUGGCCUGCCUUUGUCAAGAGCAUUCGUCAUCCCAUGGAGACAAAGACCCAACACUUCAGCACACUACAGGAAAGUGCGCGUAAAGACAUUGAGCGUGCUUUUGGAGUGUUGAGGGCUCGUUUUGCUGUUGUACGAGGGCCUGCUUAUGGUUGGUACCCAAAACAGAUUAGUGAGAUAAUGAUGGCUUGUAUCAUCCUGCACAACAUGAUAGUGGAGGAUGAAGGUGACCAUGCAGAGAACACUGCAUUCUCGGAUAUUGGUUACAUCGCUCCGGUGAAUCAAAACAAUCCAGAUAGAGAGUCAUUUGUUGAUGCACACCAUAGAGACUCAUUUGUUGAUGCACACCGUAAGCUAAAAAACCGAAACACACAUUUUCAGCUCCAGCAUGAUAUCAUCGAGCACCAAUGGAUGUUGCUAGGGUCCGAUAACAUUUAG